CGUAUCGGAUCAAGUGUCCGAAUUCGAUGGUUCCUCUCCACCAUCGUCACCCUGCGCAAAACCCACAACAAAUUGGCUAGUGUAUCAUUGAGCGACAGACCAAGAGUAGGAUAAGGUCAGCGCUUACAUGAUUCUGUAAAGGCCAGGUCGUCGCUUGGCUUGACCCCAACACCCAGAUCGACUGCAUCAAUGAAUUAUCCCGCCCAUAACACAGAGACGGCCUCCUCGUCCUUCUACGACAAUGCCUCGCCCCAAUCCGCCCCCUCAGGUCCCAACACGCCCCUAUCGCUCGAGGAGCAAGUCAUCAUGAAGGAAUGCCAACAAGAGGCCUUCUACAAUCGGGGUCUACCUUUGGCCCUCAUCAUGGGCGGUUCCAUUUUUAUGGGCAUAAAAAAUGGGCGUAUUUCUUCGGGUGGUCCCGUGGGACUGUGGCUCAAGCCCUUUGUGGCCGGCUCCAUAGGCAUGCUCGCGGGAUACGGCUCCUAUUCGGGCGUGUGUAGCGAAAAGUUCCUGAAAAAAGCCCCUCAAACUAAUAUGGCUCGACGCAUUCGGGAGUCCAGGGGCUUUCCGGAUACCACGCCUAAUGAGAUGGAGAUUUUGCACCGAGAUCGCAUGAUGAAGGACAAGAAUCUGGGAUACGAGAAUGAUCGCCAAUUCCUCUCGUCGGACAAUUCAUUGUCUGAGACGAAUGAGUCGAAUCCAGGUCAAACUCACUCUGGAUUCGAGUCGUCCGAGGCGACCACGGGCAAGCCCAUGGAGAAGCGUGGUCUCAGUUAUGACGAUUUGCGACAACGUCAUCGCGAUGCUGAAAUGAGAAAAUACUUCCAAGGUCAACGGGUGGCUCAGCACGCUACCCGACCGAAUAUGGAGACCCAUCCGCCAUCAGGGCCUUCGAAUCAGGAAAUUCCGCCUUUAUAUUUGCCGAGUAGACCCAAACAGGAUCCCCGGAGACGGAUCAAUCAAUAUGGGGAUGAUGUCUACAGUGAGGCGUAAUCGAGAUGUUUAGUGUUGAAAUAUGAACACAAGGGAUAAUGAUCAAAUGAAAUAUACCGCGAACGAGGCUCUCUGUAGCAGCAAAAUAAGCUAAGAUUGUGAUUGAUAAUCCAACUUCGGUUCGUUGUUGUUCUUUUUCUUCUAG